CGCAAUACCAACCGUGUUGACUCACUCUCUUCUAGAUUCUUCUAAGAAAAAAGAAUCCUAAAAAAAUAAUGGGAAAACAUGGCCCAAUGGGUGAGGUCUAGACCCUUCUCCAUCUCCGUUUAAUUUCUCACCGCCGCCACAAGCAAGACGCAACUCAUUCCUACACUCACGCACCGGCGACCAGCACCAGACGCGAUCUUACCGCAGAAAUGGCAAAAUUGGGCGAAGGCGACAAGCGUUGGAUUGUCGAAGACCGCCCCGACGGCACCAACGUGCACAAUUGGCAUUGGGCCGAGACCAAUUGCCUCGAGUGGUCGCGAAAUUUCCUGAGCAACCUCCUCUGCAACAAGCCUCUUCUCUCCGGCGAGGGCAACCUCCACAUCAAGACCAAGAAGAUCGAGAAGCUCGAAGGCGAGGCCUACGUCAACGUCCGCAAGGGGAAGAUAAUACCCGGGUACGAGCUGAACCUGGUCCUGUCCUACGAGGCCGUGGCCAAGGAUUCCGACGGGAGCUCGGUGGUUCUGAGCACCGAGGGUUCGGUCGAGGUGCCCUACAUCUCCGAUGAGAAUGCUGGCGAGGAUCCAGAGAUUCGAAUCACUAUCAAAGACGAUGGGCCAGUUGGUAAGAGAUUGAAGGAGGCGUUUAUCGCCAAGGGGAAGCCCUUUGUGUUUGAGAAAAUCAGGGUGUAUGUUGAAGCAAUGGCGAAAGGGGGGCCCGCUAAGGAGGAUUUGGAAGUUAAGAAAGUCGGCUCGAAAAAAGCGGCUGUUGGAUCUGGUGCUGUGGCUAGUAAUGCCGCCGAUAGCGCUGGUUCGGGUGCGAAGGAGGUGAAGAAGAAGGAGGAAAAGAAGAAAGAGGGGUUGAAGACCAUAACGAUGAGCGAGAAGUUUAGUUGCCGUGCAAGGGAUUUGUACGAGAUUUUAAUGGAUGAAAAUAGGUGGAAAGGAUUUACACAGAGCAAUGCAAGGAUCAGUAAGGAGGUCGGAGGAGAAUUUAGUAUUUUUGAUGGGUCUGUGACAGGGAAGAAUCUGGAGUUGCAGGAAGGGAAGUUGAUUGUUCAGCAAUGGAGAUUUGGGAGCUGGCCGGAUGGCAUUGUGUCAACGGUGCGGCUUAGUUUCGAUGAGCCCGAAUCUGGGGUUACAAUUGUGAAGCUCACGCAUACUGAUGUACCUGAGGAAGACAGGUAUGGUAAUGCAACUGUUGUUGAGAAUACUGAGAGAGGAUGGAGGGAUCUUAUAUUCCAAAGGAUACGAGCAGUUUUUGGCUUUGGAAUAUGAUUUUUCUCACGCAUUUGUCGUUCUUCACUUUCCUACAAAAAGUGGGUAUUUAGUUUAAGAAUGUGGUCAUCAAACCCAAGUUUUUGGGGGUGUUGUUUGAACUAAUUGCUGUUUGGUGAAUUUUUCAGCAAGAGUCAUUUGUAUUGAAGACCAUUGUUUUAUGUUCCAGCCUUUUGUUUUAUGUUCCAGCUUUAAUGUCUGUGGGAUACUUGUUAAAAAUCUUCCUUUGCUUAAUACUAUUGCCAUAUUGUUCUAGUUUCUUUA